AUGAUAUACGACCCCAUCAACGAACUACCAACGUUAGCUGUGCACUUCGCUCAAGAGAUAGCGGCUAAACAGGCGGGACGUGAAGGCCCUCGACAAAAUCAGCAACAACAAACAGACCUCAGCAGAUCUCAUGAUGCUGCCAUCGGCCUGGUUCAGUACGCCCUGGACUGUGGUGUGCAGUUGAAAGAGGUGUUUGUGGACACGGUGGGGCCAGCGGAGAAGUACGAGGAGAAACUGUCCAAGCGCUUCCCCGGGGUGAAGGUGACGGUGAGACCCAAAGCCGACUCUCUGUUCCCCGUCGUCAGCGCGGCCAGCAUCUGUGCCAAGGUGGCCAGGGACCAUGCAGUGAAAGGCUGGACGUUUGCAGAAGACUUGGGGGAGGUGGACACUGAUUAUGGCUCAGGCUAUCCCAAUGACCCAAAAACUAAGCGCUGGUUGCUGAAGUAUUUGGACCCGGUGUUUGGUUAUCCUCAGUUUGUGCGCUUCAGCUGGAGUACAGCGCAGACUCUACUGGACAGCAAAGCCUUCGCUGUACACUGGGACGAUGACGAGGAGGAUGGAGAGAAGGGAGCAGCUCGACAGAAAAACACAUCCAUGUUGUCAUAUUUCAGCCAUAGCAAACCCACAGGACACUCCCCCACACACAAAACACACCGCUUCUUCACCGAGCGCAGACUACAGAACGUUGACACAUUCUGAACUGAACACACGCACAGCGUGCAGAGUUUGGAUCACAGAAUCUAAACACAUUUUGGACUGUAAAUUCUCAUAAUUCAGAAAUUCAGUGUCUGCUCGAAAUUUAAUGUUGUAUUUUAUGCAUGUUUCCUUAAUGUUCAAGUAAUAAAAUGUGUAUUUUAUACACUA